GUGUGAAGUGAGUAUAAUCAAAAUCCCUUAAUCAUCAGUUAUACAAAUCCAGUGGAAUUAAUUGAAUAGUACCCGUUUCCUCUGAACCCUUGAAUCUGUUGUUGAGAAAUGAUUGUUUGAUUUGAUUUGGGGAAGGGAGAAGAAGAUUGAUAAUAAGGUUUAAGUUGGCGUUGCGAAGAGCAACCCCACAUGAGUGAGCGGAGCUCGAUCAGAGCUGCGGCGCUUCCAGUUCCAUUUCCAGCACAAUCGGAUAUAUAAUGCGUUGUGGUGGAUGUGGAUUGAGGUGGACCGAGAUUGAGGGUUGGAUUCGGGACUAUGACAACAUUCAGCGCCUCGCUAUCAAAUUGAUCUACGCUCAGAUUGUAUGCGCCUUAAUCGGAUCGCUGGGAGCGCUCUACAACGGCGUAUUGCUCGUCAAUUUGGGGAUUUCUUUGUUCGCACUCGUCGCCAUUGAGAGCAGCAGUCAGAGCCUCGCCAGGACUUACGCCGUCCUCCUCUUCUCCUCUAUUUUUCUCGACCUCUCCUGGUUCUUUCUCUUUUCUGACCAUAUCUGGAACAUUCCAUCUGAGAUUUAUGGAACCUUUGUUAGUUUGUCAGUGAAGCUCACACUAGCUAUGCAAAUUAUUGGAUUUUCAGUGAGGUUAUCAUCUUCACUGUUAUGGAUGCAGAUGUACAGACUAGGUGCUUCGUACAUGGACAACUCUGUUCAUAGAGAUACAGAUGUUGAUCUGAGGAAUAGUUUUCUCAGCCCUACAACUCCUCUAAUUCGACGUCCCUCUGGUUCUGAUGAUGUAAUUGGAGGUUCCAUAUAUGAUCCUGCAUAUUAUUCUUCUCUUUUUGAAGAUGGCAGAGAUAAUGCUUUCCUGUGUGAGGCUGGCCCAGGUCAUGGCAAUUCUGUAGGUAAUUCUGAAUCUACUGCUGAAACUGUUUAUCCAAAUGCAUCUCCAGGGAGACCUUUUCAUUCUAAUGAUGUUGAGAAAGAUAUAAGAAAGCCCCAGGUGGUCUGAGCCAAUUGCGGAUGAUUCUUUUUGUUUGGUGGAUCCGUUUUUCCUCAUUGAGAUGAGAUGAGUCUGAUAGAUAGGUGGAAAAGCAAGAUUUGUACAGAUAUCAGUCAUGUAUUCUUUUUGCAGCUAAAAUGUGAGGAGAAGAUUUGUUGUGUACAUGUAUGUUCCAACUAGUCUUGCUGUUGGUUUUUAACUAACCUCUUUAUCUUCCA